UAUAGGCAAAGCAAAAACCAAAGCAGCAAUCCAAACCCAACACAACCACUUCAUCAUUUGGGCGCAGCCGCAGCCGCCCCCACAGCCUCCCUCCGGAGCACGAGCGAUCGGCGCGCCCGAUCGACCUCGUCGGAUCAGCUGAAGGAUCGAGCUCUUGGCUGCCUCCAUUCGCUGCUGCGCGCCAGCCAAUGGCGAUGCCGAGGGCGCCGGGCGCGGGCUCGCUCCGCUUCCUGGGCCUCCUGAAGCAGCCGGAGUCAGCAGGGCCCGACGCCGCCGCGCCGUUCGAGCUAGACGAGCGCGACGUCGUGUGGCCGGCGGGCGGGGGGCAGCAGGACGGGUGGGCCACCCCGCCGGCGUCGGCGCCACAGGCGGCGAGGCGGCGCGCGCACGCCGUGCCGCACAGCUUCGGGCUGUCGUCCCUGCUCGCCGACAACGGCGGCGGCGGCGGAGUGGCCGUGCCAGUGCACGUGCCCGUGAGGGCGGUGGCGCCGAGCGCCGCGCCGAGGCAGUCGGCGCCGGUGCGGGUGCCGGCGCCGUGGCCGGGGAAGGCGGCGGGCGAGCGCCGCGCGGGGGAGGACGGCCGCGGAGGCGGGGGCGGCAGCAGAAGGGCCGACGAGGACGAGGAGGACGGCGACGAGAUGGUGCCGCCGCACGUGGUCGCGGCGCGGCGCCACGCGCGGUCGUCGUCCGUGCUGGAGGGCGCCGGGCGCACGCUCAAGGGCCGCGACCUCCGCCGCGUCCGCAACGCCGUGCUCCGGCAGACCGGGUUCCUGGACCUCUGAAUGAGCAAAGCAAGCGACAGGCCAGGACCAGCCAUGGCAACAGAAGAAGCCGAUCGAGGUGGCGAUGGAUCAGCAGAUCAGAGAUCUUUUUCUUGAGCCCCGGCCAUUUCAGCCGCCAGAUGCCUCUCUCUCGUCUCCAGUGUAACAAAACCCCAAACCUUCCUUGGUCCAUGCAUGUUCCUCGGCACCUGAAGAGUGAAGAACUGAAUUCAAUGCAUUCAAUCUGAUUGAUCUGUUUAAGAUCCCUGCUCUUC